AUGUCUCCCGCGCCUCUAGAGCCUCUGCUCGCAGCUGGAGCACCUCCAAUGAGAACAAGGAAAGGAUGGUGUACAUGUGGAUGUUGCUCCAAAGUUUUCCUAACAAUGAUCCUCGCAAUCGUUUUAUCUAUGUAUCUAGCUCUUCCAUCCCUACCUCCAACUCCACCGGGCCAUGUUGCAGUCAUCUCGCCUUUUGAGAUCCAUACAGUUACAGACUUCCUCGCCGCUGCCAAGUCUGGUAUCAUGCCUGGAAACCGAAAAACCGAACAACCUCUCAUGCCCGAGGAGGUAGUGAAAUAUUUGUCGACCAGUUACGUUGAAUGGGCGCCAGAACCCCUUAAAACUCAACUUGGCUCUGAGAGUGUAUCUGCAACUCUCUCCACUGCACCGCCUUUGGCUAGAAUCAUGAUGGCUGCAUCUGGGAUGAGUGAUAUUUUGCGUGCUGCACUAGAUUCACUGAGCAUUGAACGAAAUAUGGACAUGGUUAAGAAAAGGGUUUGGCACGGUAUGUCGCCAAUUCCUCCUGCCCGUUGGGAGUCCAUGGGCCUCUCUAAAUCAGAGAAUAUCGAUGCGGCUCUCUCUCAAAUACAGCUCAUAGUAGGCGUGUUUGAAUAUCUUCACACUCCUCGUGUACAAGGCAGAUUACGAGAUAUUUAUAACCAUAUGUGGUUCGAAUUUGACAUUCUUCAAGAUGUAUUAGACGCACUGGAAGUUUCAAGUGGGAGAUCUAAACCGGUUUACAAUUUGCCGGCUCUGUGGCAAGAAUACAUCCAAUCCUAUCUCUUUGAAAAUAUGGCUUUACAAUCCCGCAGCUUUAUAUUCUCAAACUUACUCCCUCUCUAUAACGCAACUCUUUCCCAAUUCUCCAAUCAACCGAGAUCUAUUUUUGGUGAAGCUGAGAUUAAUCUCAUUCCUCAGCAUCACAUUCGUGUUCUAAACAGCAUACUCGAUCUCUAUAUCGAAACCGAGUUCCACGUUGUACCGCAUACUGUCGGGUUUGUAUAUCGACAUGAACCAGAGACUGUGACUGGGUUACUGAGUGAUGAUGAAAGCUCGUGGAAAAGGAACAAUGCAAUAUAUGAGAGUAUACAAACGGCUAGAAGAGAGGACUUCCAGAUAGACUAUCAACAAAAAAUACAAGAGACCGCUGAGAUGAGAAUGGCAAAUGAUAAGCAUUCUUCAUUUGGACCAAAUCAGGAAGCUCUACAACCCAUAUGGGACAUCUUAGAUAGGGCCGACGCGCACCAAAUAGCACAGCCACAAAUCUUGAACCCCUCGAGAGUAGAAGAAGAUUGGGUAAGAGAAUUGAGUAGCGGUGAUAAAUUUGGAUAUGUCAUCUACAAAAUGAGCAAGGGGCAAAGCGAGGAGGAAUGGAAGAACUUUCUUGCUAGACUGGAAUCGGGAUUAGAUAGUGGAUGGGAAGGCAUGGUAGGAGUUGAAAACGUGAGGCAAAAAGCAACUUUACAUUGGAUAGAGGGUCUCGAUGAAAGUAUAUUCGAUGACGAUUUUGCAGAUGCUAGAGAACACUUCCAAAACAUGGUCGCUUCCCAAAGUAUUCCAGCUAAUUUGUCCACAACAACUUUCCUCGUUAUCGACUCUGCAUCUUUCUUAUCAUUUAGUUCUAAGCCGGGCAGCAGCAACCGUGGCUUUCUCAAUGUUGUCUCGGCAGACUUUGAUCCUACUUCUAAUCUAAUAGAGGGAUAUAAUGGUGCUUUCAAGAUCAUAGAUCAACUGGUGUGGACGGAAUUAUAUCCGUUGGUUGAGCACUUUCAUUGUGCUAGCUUAGAUGCAUUUUGGACACUGGCUAGAAACCAUCCCUCAGAACUGUACAUUGGGGCAACGACAGAGAUUCAAAGAAGGGCCUGGAAUUUCUUGAAUAAUUAA